UUGAAGGCUGGGGGAUUUGGGCAUGUACCUAUGCACCUUUAGAUUGGUUUCUUCUUUUUGUAAACAGUGAAGUUAUAGGUUGAGUUUAUGUUGGACUAGAGGUCGAACUUCGGGUGCAUAAACUAGGUAGUUGUGAUUUACAGAAGUUUCUAACGUUAACAGAGUCGUUCAAACUAUGGCGGACUGGAAGGUGCCGGUGAGCUACAACUUCAAUCCUUCAUACCACGCAUAUGCUUACGGACUGCUGUACCCACCUGGCUCUGAACAAAUUCAUCCAAACCUGAACUGGACGGAGACGACCUACAAUCACCCCGGAGUCAAUGGAGGUUACUACCAGACGCAAGCACCACAACAGUCUCCACCUGGGAGCCCUGAGCAAAUCACACCCAAUAGCACUGCUCACUACCCUGGUCCAAUGCUGUAUUUCUCGGACACUCACACGCAGAGUGGCAGACUUUUCCUCUCUCAAAAUCGCAGCAGUCAUUACGAGGACCACACAAAGGAGAGCGAACGAGCUGGGAGUGAUAACCCCAGUGACUCUGAGGCCCACACACCAGAUUCUUGGAGUUCGGGCAGUAGCAGGGAAGGAUGCAUUCCGCCGGAAAAUCCCGCCACAUGGGCCAAGAAAGAACCAGAAGAUGAACCGAUCAGCUGCAGUCCAGAUGGCACGGAGGUCGUAUCCAGCUCCAUUACUGUCGGGGAUGAUGAGCCUAGCCUGGAAGGCGUGCGACCGAGUCAGGGCGCUGCUACCGUUCCUCAGUCGCCACCAGGAAAAACUACACCAAACCGCAAGGCCAAAGUACGGACUGCGUUUUCGGAGGGCCAGAUGAACGCACUGACCCAUCGGUUCAGCGUGCAGAGGUACCUCACCCCUGCAGAAAUGAAGACUCUAGCUGGAAUCACUGGGUUGACCUACAAACAAGUGAAGACGUGGUUCCAGAAUAGGAGAAUGAAGCUCAAGAGGCACCAGAAGGAAAACGGUUGGGUGUCGGAGCGCUAUGCCAACUCUGGAUAUCCCAGUGUACCACCAGCUUCACAUCCUCAGUUCCAGACGGAUUCCCAAACGUUACACCAGGACCCGUAUUCAAAUCCCCAACUAAGAGAGGCCGCCUUCAAAAAGAAUCCCUCGCAACCUGCAGCCUUCUACCCCAACUACAUGCGACCGCACUCUCCUCCCCAGGGAGCUGGUAGGCCUCAGGGCAACUGGCCUCUGCCACCGACCAUGUCCCAUUACGAGUACCCCAGCCCUGCCAACUUCAUGCCCCCCAAUGGCAACACCAGCAUCAAUUCUGAUGAUGGAAAUGGGGUGGAUGCUGGUAGCAGCCCAACGAACAUGGCAAUGGUGCACAGUGCCACCCAGUGGUCAUCCUGAGUCAUUGCCUUUAGAUAAUGCCAGAGACCUUUAUGAGAGCAUGUACAUAGUUUUUGUUUUAAGAGAUGUCAUGACCGUGGUGUUUUAUAAAUUGUGUAUAUAUUUUUAGAUGCAGUCUUGAGAUGCCUUGUUUUCUUGCAUCACAGUAAAACAUGAUGUUGACUGCUUGGUCAUGGUUUUACAUUAUGAACAAAGUUUUUUUUACUUUUAGUUCUAUUUUUCUACCUUUUUUUACCUCAGAGUAUUUAAUCUUGCUCAUUAGCUCAUGAUUACCAAUGCUUUUGAUGAGAUGUAUUUAAUUCCACCUUUAUGCAAUGCACUACUCAUAAUCUUAUGUACAGAAACGGGAUGGGAUGUUGCUGCACUGAUUCUUUUUGCAGGUUGAAAUGUGAUUCUUGUGAUUCUUGUAUGAUGUGUAAUGUGUUCACCGUUGCAACUUACCUUAGAAUUGUAACAACUUCACCGUUCCCUGAACCAUGAUCUUAAAACAUGACCAAAAAAGUGUUUGACCUUGACCACAUGCACAACCGGAAUUCCAAAGUGGUCUUACAAUAAAUGUCCUUGCAUUUGCUCAUA